AUGGGUGGAUGUUUUAGCAAGAACAAGUUCUUAACCCCAGAUGCCCCUUCCAAUGGCUUCCGAUCAGAAAAUCAAGCCCAGCCGCCGCCGGAAAAACCCCACCACCGCCAAUCGCCGCAAACCCACCACUCUCCUCCCAAAACCCCGCCGGCCCAAAAGCUAGAACCCAACAACAUCCUCGGCAAGCCCUUCGAGGAAGUAAAAUCAAGAUACUCCAUCGGCAAAGAGCUCGGCCGCGGCCAAUUCGGGGUGACCUAUUCCUGCACCGAAAUCUCCACUGGGGCCCACUACGCCUGCAAAUCGAUCCUCAAGAGGAAGCUCGUGAGCAAGAACGAUCGUGAGGACAUGAAGAGGGAAGUUCACAUCAUGCAGCACUUGAGCGGGCAGCCGAAUAUAGUCGAAUUCAAAGGCGCGUAUGAAGAUCGCCAGACAGUUCACUUGGUGAUGGAGAUUUGUAAAGGCGGGGAAUUGUUCGACAGCAUUAUUGCUCAGGGGCAUUACUCGGAAAAAGCUGCGGCCGAUCUGUGUAGGCAGAUUGUGAAUGUGGUGCACCAUUGCCAUUUUAUGGGGGUGAUGCAUAGGGAUCUUAAACCGGAGAAUUUCUUGCUAUCGAGCAAGAAUGAGAAGCCGAUGAUUUUGAAGGCAACCGAUUUCGGGCUGUCUGUUUUUAUUGAGGAAGGUAAGGUGUAUCGCGAUAUAGUUGGUAGUGCUUAUUAUGUGGCCCCCGAAGUUUUGAAGCGAAGUUAUGGAAAGGAAAUUGAUGUGUGGAGUGCUGGCGUUAUUUUAUACAUCCUUUUAAGUGGCGUGCCGCCAUUUUGGGCUGAGCACCCUUGGAUUAAGGGACAAGCAUCUGAUAAGCCGAUCGAUAGUGCAGUUUUAUCUCGAAUGAAACAGUUCAGGGCAAUGAAUAAGCUCAAGAAACUCGCACUUAAGGUUAUUGCACAAAGCUUAUCAGAAGAAGAAAUAAAGGGACUUAAAGCAAUGUUUGCUAAUAUGGACACGGAUAAAAGUGGCACAAUCACUUAUGAAGAGCUGAAAUCUGGCUUGGCUCGGCUCGGCUCCAAACUUUCAGAAACUGAAGUGAAACAACUCAUGGAAGCUGCUGAUGUGGAUGGUAAUGGAUCGAUCGACUACAUUGAAUUUAUUACUGCCACAAUGCAUAGACAUAAGCUUGAACGAGAUGAGCAUUUGUUUAACGCGUUUCAGUUUUUCGACAAGGAUAGCAGUGGUUAUAUUACGAGAGAUGAGCUGGAAACAGCUAUGAAGGAGUAUGGUAUGGGAGAUGAGGCCACAAUUAAGGAAAUAAUUUCAGAGGUGGACACUGAUAAUGAUGGGAAAAUUAACUACGAGGAGUUUUGUGCGAUGAUGAGAAGCGGAACAGCUCAACAGCCGCUAAAGCUCUUUUAGUGAACGGUCAAAAAAAGCUAAAUCUUUGAGUCGUGCUAAAGGUAAUAAUGGAAUAUUUGAAUCGGCUCUUUCAGUUUUUAGUGAGUUGAAGAAAACAAAGAAAAUAUUUUGCUGACAAAUUUCCGUUGUGUUUGUGUCUUUGUGCAUAUAUGAGAGGUUUCAUAAUCGAUCUUGUUCAUCAUUAAGCGCGUGUUUUGAAUUUGCCCGUUUUUGGGUUCGAAUCUUACAGUAAACUAUUGCGCGGCAUUGUGUGGAAUAAAAUGCUGCGCGGAUAAAGAUUCUUUAGUUCAAGUUGUUUUACCUGGGAUUUAGCUUGAGUAAUAAUAAUCACCUUGAAUUCAUUUGUAUUUACUAUUUACAUAGCAUAUGAUUAUUUGUGUGGAUGUGUGUUGAUCCAACUGUUCGGAACACCAAUUUCACCAUUUAAAGGAUUUUACUGGCA